GUGGGGGGGGGGACACCCAGUGCCACUUUGUCACCCUGUGUCCUGGUUGUCCCCUUGUCACCAGGCCUCCUGCUGUCCCUUUGUCCUGGUUGUCCCUUUGUCGCCAUUCCUCCUGCUGUCCAUUUCUCACCACUCCUGCUGGUGUCCCUUUGUCACCAUUCCUCCUUGCAUCCCCCUUGUCACUACUCUUGGUUGUCCCUUUGUCACCAUAUGUCUUGGUUGUCCUGGUUGUCCCUUUGUCACCACUCCUUGCAUCCCUUUGUCACCGCACCUCCUGGUGUCCCUUUGUCACCACACCUCCUGGUUGUCCCUUUGUCAUCACUCCUUGCAUCCCUUUGUCACCGCACCUCCUGGUGUCCCUUUGUCACCACUCCUCCUGGUUGUCACUUUGUCACUAUAUGUCCUGCUUGUUCCUUUGUCACCGCUCUUGCUGUCCCUUUGUCACCACUCCUCUUGGUUGUCCCUUUGUCACCACUCCUCCAGCUGUCCCUUUGUCCUGGUUGUCCCUUUGUCACCGUUCCUCCUUCCAUCCCUUUGUCACCACUCCUCUUGGUUGUCCCUUUGUCACCACUCCUCCAGCUGUCCCUUUCUCCUGGUGUGUCCCUUUGUCACCACUCUUAUCACACCUUUGUCACCACAUCUCCUGGUGUCCCUUUGUCACCACUCCUUGCAUUCCUUUGUCACCACUCCUUCUGGUUGUCACUUUGUCACUAUAUGUCCUGCUUGUCCCUUUAUCACCACUCUUGCUGUCCCUUUGUCACCACUCCUCCAGCUGUUCCUUUCUCCUGGUGUGUCCCUUUGUCCCCACUCCUCUUGGUUGUCCCUUUGUCCUGGUUGUCCCUUUGUCACCGUUCCUCCUUCCAUCCCUUUGUCACCGUUCCUCCUUCCAUCCCUUUGUCACCGUUCCUCCUUCCAUCCCUUUGUCCCCACUCCUCUUGGUUGUCCCUUUGUCCUGGUUGUCCCUUUGUCACCGUUCCUCCUUGCAUCCCUUUGUCACCACUCCUCUUGACUGUUCCUUUAUCACCACUCUUAUCACACCUUUGUCACCACAUCUCCCGGCGUCC